AUGAGAACGGUUGUACUUGCCUUGACUCUGGCCCUUGUGGCUCCGCAUUUUGCUGCCGGUAAGACUUUUGUGUACAAAUAUGAGGCAUUACUCCUCAGUGGUCUGCCAGAGCAAGGUUUGGCAAGAGCCGGACUCAAAGUCAGCAGCAAAGUUCUCAUCAGCGCCGCAGAGCAAAACAUAUACAUGCUGAAGCUUGUAGAACCUGAGCUCUUUGAGUACAGCGGUAUCUGGCCAAAGGAUCCUUUAGUCCCAGCAGCAAAGCUAACAUCAGCACUGUCAGCUCAGCUCUUGACUCCCAUCAAGUUUGAGUAUAUCAAUGGGGUUGUUGGGAAAAUGAUGGCUCCUGAGGGAAUCUCCACACUGGUGCUGAACAUCCAGAGAGGAAUUUUGAAUGUCCUUCAGCUCAACAUCAAGAAAACACAGAAUGUCUACGAAUUGCAGGAGGCUGGAGCUCAGGGUGUGUGCAAGACCCUCUAUGCCAUCACUGAAGAUGACAAAGCUGAACGCAUCCUUUUGACAAAGAGCAGAGACCUGGACAACUGUCAGGAGAAGAUCAUGAAAGACAUCGGGUUGGCAUACACUGAGAAAUGUGCCAAGUGCCAGCAGAACCUGAAAGGAGCUGCAGCAUACAAUUACAUCUUGAAGCCACUCGCUGAUGGCAUCCUGAUCCAAGAGGCAACCGUCAAUGAGCUGAUCCAGUUCUCACCUUUUAAUGAAAUGAAUGGAGCUGCUCAGAUGGAGACUAAGCAAUCCUUGGUCUUUCUUGAGAUUCAGAAUGCACCUAUUGUGCCCAUCGAUGCAGAGUAUCUCCGACGUGGAUCUCUCAAGUAUGAGUUCUCCAAUGAGCUUCUUCAGACUCCACUUCAGCUCAUCAAGGUCAACAAUGCUCAGGCCCAGAUUGUGGAUAUUCUGAAUCAUCUGGUGACCCACAAUGUGGAGAGAGUCCAUGAGGAUGCCCCUCUGAAGUUUUUGGAGCUGGUUCAGGUCCUCCGUGCAGCCAAAUUUGAAGAUCUGGAAAUGCUCUGGAACCAAUUCAGAAACCGCCCUGCUUACAGACAGUGGCUCUUGGAUGCCAUCCCUGUCAUUGGAACACCUGCUGCUCUGAAAUUCAUCAAGGAGAAAUACUUGACUAAUGAGCUCACAGUUGCUGAAGCAGCCCAGGCUUUAGUUGCAUCUGUUCACAUGGUGACAGCAAGCACUGAGUCCAUCAAGCUGAUUGAGGGUCUGGCUGUCAACAAUAAAAUACUGGAGCAGCCAGUUCUGAGGGAGAUUGUGCUUCUUGGCUAUGGUACCAUGAUUUCUAAAUACUGUGCUGAGAAGACUGUCUGCCCUGCUGAACUCAUCAAGCCCCUUCAGGAGCUCCUUGCAGAGGCUGUCGCUAGGGGUGAGACCCAGGAUAUCAUUCUGCUCCUGAAAGUUUUGGGUAAUGCUGGCCAUCCUAAUAGUCUUAAGCCAAUUACAAAGAUCCUGCCAAUCCAUGGCACUGCAGCUGCAUCGCUGCCAAUGAGAGUCCACGCUGAUGCCAUCAUGGCCCUGAGGAACAUUGCAAAGAAGGAGCCCAGAAUGGUUCAGGAAUUGGCUCUUCAGCUCUACAUGGACAAGGCUCUUCACCCAGAGCUUCGUAUGCUUGCAUGCAUCGUGCUGUUUGAGACAAGGCCUCCAGUGGGUUUGGUGACAACUCUUGCCAGUAUUGUGAAGGCAGAGGAGAAUCUGCAGGUAGCAAGCUUCACUUACUCCUAUAUGAAGUCUAUGACCAAGAGCAACAGCGCUAUCCACGAGUCUGUUUCUAAAGCUUGCAACGUGGCUGUCAAAAUCUUGAAUCCAGUCCUGGGCAGACUGAGCUUGCGUUUCAGUAAAGCUAUAUAUGCAGACAUCUAUAGCAGCCCUUUGAUGCUCGGUGCCGCUGCCAGUGCUUUCUACAUCAAUGAUGCUGCAACUAUUCUGCCCAGAUCUGUUGUGGCUAAGACCAGUGCUUUCCUUGCUGGAGCUGCUGCUGAUGUUGUGGAGAUUGGAGUGAGAACUGAGGGACUCCAGGAGGCUCUUCUGAAAAACCCUGCAGUUGUUGACAGUGCUGACAGGAUCACUAAGAUGAAGCGUAUCAUUAAGGCUCUCUCUCACUGGAGGUCCCUGCCAAACCGCAGUCCUUUGGCCUCUGUCUAUGUCAAGUUCUUUGGACAGGAAAUUGCCUUUGCCAAUGUUGACAAAGCCUUGAUUGAUCAGGUCAUUUCGCUCGCCACUGCACCAUCUGCUCAGGCACUUGGUAGAAAUGCUGUCCAAGCUCUGCUGUCUGGUGCUUCCUUCAACUUUGCUAAGCCUCUGUUGGCUACUGAGGUGCGACGCAUAAUGCCUACUGCUGCUGGUCUUCCAAUGGAACUCAGUCUGUACACUGCUGCUGUGGCAGCUGCAGCUGUUCAGAUCAAGGCUAUCACAACACCAUCUCUGCCUGAAAACUUCCAUCUUGCUCACCUUCUGAAGACAGAGAUGCAGCUUGAGACCGAGAUCAGACCAAGCAUUGCAGUGAACACAUUUGCUGUGAUGGGGGUGAACACUGCUAUACUCCAGGCAUCUUUGCUAUCAAGAGCCAAGCUCAACUCCAUUUUGCCCGCUAAAAUUACUGCAACAGUUGACAUCAAGGAGGGCAACUUUAAGCUUGAAAUUCUGCCCGUCUCUGCUCCUGAACACAUUGCAGCCGUGCAAGUUGAGACUUUUGCUGUGGCGAGAAAUAUUGAGGAUCUUGCAGCUGCAAGAAUUGUUCCUGUUGUCCCAGCCGAAGUCAUGCAGCCCAUCUCAAGUCAAUCUAAGCUUAGUUCCUCUGCAGCAGCCAGUCGGUCAAGAUCCUCAGAGAUAAUUUUCGAGGAUGUGGCAGCUCCCAAGUCCUCUGUGAAAUCCAAAGCAGCUCAAUAUGCAAAGAAGUACUGUGCUAAAGCUGUUAACAUUGGCCUGAAAGGCUGUGUAAAGGUUGCCACUCAAAACGCUGCUUUCAUCAGGGACGUUGUCCUGUACAAACUGGCAGGACAGAAUUCUAUUGCUCUUUCUUUGACACCACUUGAAGGUCAAGAGAUUGUGAAAUUGGAGAUGGAGAUUCAAGUUGGACCAAAGGCUGCAGAGAAGCUCAUUAAGCAGAUCAAUCUGAGUGAAGAGGAACUUGUUGAGGAAAGACCAAUCUUGAUGAGGCUCAAGAAAAUCCUUGCUCCUGGUCAGAAGAACAGGACCUCCUCCUCCUCCUCCUCCUCCUCCUCCUCCUCCUCCUCCUCCUUGUCCUCAUCCUCCUCCUCCUCCUCAUCCUCCUCCUCCUCCAGCCUUCUUUCAAAGUCUUCUUCCUCCAGCUCCUCAUCUCGUUCCAGCAAGUCUCUGAGCAGGUCCUCAAAGUCCAGCUCUGCAUCAAGCCUUGCCUCUCUCUUCAGUGCUAGCUCAAGUUCCUCUAGUUCUAGUGCUCACCUCUCAAAGCAAGUGAUGAAUCGCCAAAGGUUCCAGAAGAACCACAAGAAACAGAGUCAACUCUCUCAAGCCACCUCUGCAGCACUUUCCAGCAGGAGCAGUGCUUCAAGCUUUGAGGCUAUCUACAAAAAGAAUGAAUUCCUCGGAAAAGAGGCUGCCCCUGUCUUUGCUAUCAUCCUCCGUGCUGUCAAAGCUGACAAAAAGAUACUGGGAUACCAACUGGCUGUCUACCUGGACAAACCUACCUCCAGAAUUCAGCUCAUUGUGGCUGCCUUGGCUGCUGAUGACAACUGGAAGUUAUGUGCCGAUGGAGUUCUGUUAAGCAAAUUCAAAGUCAAUGCAAAAAUAGCCUGGGGAGCUGAAUGCAAGCAGUACGACACAAUGAUCACAGCUGAGACUGGUCUUAUUGGACCAAGACCAGCAGCUCGCCUCAGAAUGGCCUGGAACAACCUACCUUCUGCCCUUAAACAAUAUGCAAAGAAGGCGUACAGCUACAUUCCUGCUUCCACACUGGCUGGCCUCAUUCAAGGAAAGGAAGAAAAGAGCAGCAACCAGCUCUCCGCUACUCUGGUCGCAACAUCUGACAGGGAACUUGACCUCAUUUGGAAAACACCAAUGCGUGUUUAUAAGCUGUCUUUGCGUCUUCCCAUUGCUCUGCCACUUGAUGCCGUCAAAGGCCUCACCCCCUUCAAUGACGUUGCUGACAGAGUCCACUACUUUUUAGCCAAGGCUGCUGCAGCUGAAUGUAGCUUUGCCAGAGACACGCUGACCACAUUCAACAACAGGAGAUACAAGAAUGAGUUUCCUUUGUCUUGCUCCCAAGUUCUGGCACAGGAUUGCACAGAGGAGCUGAAAUUUAUGGUUCUGCUGAAGAAGGAUAACAUUGAACAAAACCAUAUAAAUGUGAAGAUUGCUGAUAUUGAUAUUGACCUGUACCCGAAGAACACUGAAGUGAUUUUAAAGGUCAAUGGAAUGGAAAUACCCAUCAACAAUCUGCCAUACCAGCAUCCCACAGCUAAAAUCCAGAUUAGACCAAAGGAUGAAGGAAUAUCUGUGUUUGCUCCCAGCCUGGGUCUUCAUGAAGUGUACUUUGACAGAAACUCAUGGAAGGUUAAAGUUGUGGACUGGAUGAAGGGACAGACCUGUGGACUCUGUGGAAAGGCUGAUGGGGAAGUCCAACAGGAGUAUCGCACACCAAAUGGACGCUUGACCAAGGAUGCUGUCAGCUACGCUCAUUCCUGGGUUCUGCCAGCCGAGAGUUGCAGAGACACCACGGAGUGUCAUAUGAAGCGUGAAUCUGUGCAGCUUGACAAACAGGUCAACAUCCACGAGCAGGAAUCAAAAUGCUUCUCUGUUGAGCCUGUGCUGCGCUGUCUGCCCGGCUGCUUCCCUGUGAAGACCACAGCCGUUACCGUUGGCUUCCACUGCCAACCUGCCAAUUCUGCCGUGAGUCUUCACAACAUGUUUGAUAACAGCGUGGACCUGAGGGAAACAGCAGAAGCUCACCUGGCCUGCAGCUGUACUGCUCAGUGUGCCUAAUAACACUUACUUCUGCUAGUCAAUGAUGUGUGUUUUGAAUAAGA